AUGACCAGCCAAGGACCGACGGCGUCGAGCUCGUUGGGUCACAGCAAGACCUCCAGAGCACCGCUGGAUACCACCCCCUCGUUUUCCAGUCCGUUGGCAUAUGCCUCCAUCUUGCCCAGCGAGCACGCAGAUGACUUGGACCUAGAUCAUGCGGUCGAGUCCACUUCGCCAAGGAUACCAUCCCAAGAGGCCGACUUCCGAGAGUCUCUGGCGACCAAUGAGCAGCAAGAUGAUGCUCUGGCCGAUUUGAACAGCACUCCUGCCUCUCCCAAGCGUGAGAGGUCAGCCAGUGCGAAAGCAAAGUUGAUGGCUCAUGCCCGUGAUUGGCAGCCGAUCCAGGGCCUCUCUUCAAAUGCGCCACUCGCGUCGCGGGCCGCGAGCGGCAUUGCCUUUGGCACGACAGGAUCUGCACCUAGCUCCAUUUCGACGUCUCCAGAUGCAACCCCUGGCUCGCUUUCGAGGCCUGCCCGCAGAAAGAGCGCUCUAUCCCCUGGCGCGCCGAUGGGACCACCCGCCAUCGUUCCCCGGAAGGCAAGCGCGCCCACGCGCAGCUCCGAAGUACCGCCCGCUCCCGAGCUGUCUGAACCGGGGGCUGGACACGUUCAGAGAGCCAGAACGAUACAAUCCAGUGGUGCCACCUCCAGAGUCGCUGCGCCUGCGAAGGGCGAAGACCCUAACAACCUCGGUCUUGGCCUGCCGUCUCCUUCGAACCCCCAGCAUCACAAAGACAGCGGAUCUUCCGCCCCGCCUUCUGCGUGGGAUCCGAGGCAUACAAUGCAUGCGGGAGAAAGCUCGAAGCCACUAGUGUCCGGAGGUAUUGCGGGCACUCGACGAAGAAGAUCAUCAGCUGCGAACCUGUCUGCCAACGCGCAUAGAAGGGCUCGAUCUCUGGGCGGCGCUUUGCUCGGAAGCGACGUGGCUGCGGCAGUCGGUGGACCCGACGGCGUAGAUCCAAAUUUGGUCGCAGCGAUUCGCGCCGGAGAUGCUAGCAUUCCGCGAACACCUUCCGCAGCUCCGCACGACUUGGCCGCCGCAAUCGCCUCCGCCACCGCAACCCCCAGCGACGGUACGCCGCCAUCCUCUGCUGUAACCGUGGCUGGCUCAGUAGCGGCGACUCACUCUUCGCCUUCGCACGCAUCGGCCUCUACGUCUCCGCGAAUGGCGUCGCUUCCUUCAACGCCUAGCGGCUCGUUGCGAAUGACGAAUAAGCGUCUCGAUCUGCUCAACGUCAUGCCGGACACUCGUGCGCUAGCUACCUCCUAUCCUUCGAUGCAAAUGCCGGCGACUUCCCCAAGGGCUCCCAUUCCUUUUUCCAGUCAUGCCGGCGCCUCGUCAGGGUCGCCUGAAUCUGAAGACUCAAGAAUAUCGCCUACAGCGCCGCUUCCUCCUUCGUCUCUUCAGAUGCCGUCGAGCGCAUCCAAAGCCAAGCUGUCUUCCUCGAUGCAAGCGCAAUCACCUCUCAACGCGCCAAGCGACUACGUCAGAUCCCGCGUUCGGAGCCAGACUUUGGCUUCGCCCAGAAGUGCGCAAGCUUCGCUGAGUGGUGCAGCGCCGGCUGGAGCAGCCCACUUAGCUGCUCCACUGGGCGAGGCGAUUCGGCUCCAACGAAUGCCAACCGCAGUUAG